GGGGUCCCUGCGGAGGGGGCGCAGCAGCUCCAAAGCUGACCUCCAGAGCGUGAUGUUCGACCGAUGAUUUAAAAUUUUUGGUCUGUCUCCUGCCCUCUGGCUUCUCCCUCCCAGCAGCAAGCUUAAACAGUGGAGCCUGGCUGUGAAUGAGUGUAUCUGUCAAUCUAAGGAAAGGGCUUUGCGCGAUAUGCACUAAAAUGUGAGUAGUGAUUCUCUUCAGGUACAAGAGCAGGGACAGUUGGGGGGAUAGCUGAAACAGGGCUUGACAUUUUUGUUCUGUAAUUUCGUAUUAGUUGCCUUUUUUGUUUAAAAACAACAACUAAGGAAACGACCCUGGAGCUGGUCUUACAGAUGCCUGAAGAUGUCACCGCAAACCUUGUUUGCCCGGCCCCAGAAAUGCCAAGGUCUCUUUUUGGGUGGGGACCUUAGGAGGAGGCCUGUGGGGGUCCAGGGAGCACUUUCGGGGUCUCCUGAACAUGUCCUUGCCUCGGAGGCCCUGAAUCCAGGGUGUCCCUGGGUUACUUGCUGUAACGCUUUGUCUGCUUCUCGCUGAAGGUCCUUCUGAAGGAACUUUGUAGGUGCGAUAAUGGUUUUUGGAGUUUCCAGUUUAAUAUUCAACCCGGAUGUGAGGCCAGUUGAAUGAGGAUUGGUGCCGUCCUGCCUGGAUCUUGUUCUGUUCAUAAACAUGUUUAUUGCCCCCAGAGGAAGCUGCUGCUUUUCACGCAGACAGGGAGGGCCUGGGGUCCCCUUUAGAGGGUAAUGGGCUCAGAGCCUAGAAUGAGGGAUGGAAACCCUACAGGUGGGGCGCCUGGCUGGCUCCGUCGCAAGAGUCUUGAUCUCAGGGUUGUGAGUUCGCGCCCCACACUGGGUGUGGAGAUUACUUUGAAUGAAUGAGUACAUACAUACAUACGAAAAGUAUAGGUAGUUUGCACAUGGGGACUGUGGGGUGCAGCCUGGGUGUGGCUCUGGGGGUUCACAUAGGCCCAACCUUCAGGGCCUGGGGAGGAGGGGGUGCCCCUGGCUACUUUCCCACCUAGGACCCACCCAGGCUUCCAUUAAAGCUUCCUUUCUUCUGAGCAGGGAGACUCCAGCCCAGCCCCACACAGGGUCCUGCUGUGGAUGAGGUCCUGCUGUGGGAUGUGUUAAAUGGGUGUUGUCACAAAACCUUAGUUUCCUGCUGUGGACUAGGCGCUUCCGCUGGGACCUGGUAAAUGGGUGUUGUCACAAAACCUUAGUUAAUCUUCCCUAUGGGGAAGCUCCUAUAAGAGCAGUGAUGGGGCUGGGAAUGCAAGCUGGUGCAGCCACUGUGGAAAACAGUAUGGAGGUUCCUCAAAAAACUAAAAAUAGUACUACCCUACCACCCAGCAAUGGCACUACUAGGCAUUUAUCCAAGGGAUCCAGGUGUGCUGUUUCGAAGGGACACAUGCACCCCAAUGUUUAUAGCAGCGCUAUCGACAAUAGCCAAAGUAUGGAAAGAGCCCGAAUGUCCAUGGAUGGAUGAGUGGAUAAAGAAGAUGUGGUAUAAUGUACAACAGAGUAUUGGUCGGCAAUCAAAAAGAAUGAAAUCUGGCCAUAUGCAGCUACGUGGAUGGAACUGGAGGGUAUUACGCUAAGCGAAAUUAGAGAAAGACAAAUAUCCUAUGACUUCAUUCCUAUGAGGACUUUAAGAGACGAAACAGAUGAACACAAGGGAAGGGAAACAAAAAUAAUAUUAAAACAGGGAGGAGGACAAAACAGAAGAGACUCUUAAAUAUGGAGAACAGAGGAUUACUGGAGGGGUUGUGGGGGGGGAUGGGCUAAAUGGGUAAAGGGCAUUAAGGAAUCUACUCCUGAAAUCAUUGUUGUACUAUAUGCUAGCUAAUUUGGAUGUAAAUUUUAAAAAAUAAAAAAUAAAACAAGUUAAAAAAAAAAAGAGCAUUGUCAGGGCACGUGGGUGGCUCAGUGGGUUAAACAUCUGACUUCAGCUCAGGUCAUGAUCUCACAGUUUGUGGGUUCAAGCCCCACAUCGGACUCUGUGCUGACAGUUUAGAGCCUGGAGCCUGCUUCAGAUUCUGUGUCUGCCUCUCUGCCCCUCCCCCACUCACGGUCGCUCUGUCUCUCUGUCAAAAAUAAGUAAACAUUAAAAAAAAUAAAUAGCAGUGUCAACUGAUACGUAUCCAAAAGAGCCAGAAGCCGGGACUCCACCAGACCCGGGCACUCGGUGUUCACAGUGUUACUUACAAUGAAUAGCCAGGAGGUGGCCGCAGCCCGUGUCCACUCAGAGAUGAGUGGGUAAGCACAAUGUGUUCUGGUCACACAAUGGAGUAUUAUUUGGCCAAAAAAAGGAAUGAAAUUCUGGUAAAUGGGGGGGCAGGACACGUAGGUGGAGUGCAGAGGUAUCUUGGGGCAGUGAAACUACUCUCUAUGAUUUUGUAAUGAGGAUAUGUGUCGUUACACGUUUGUCCAAACUCCUAGAAUGCACACCGGGAGCAGACCCUCACGAAUCUGCCGAUUUUAGGUGAUGGUGACGUCUUAAUGCAGGUUUCUCAGCUGGACCAGAUGCCCCGCUCCCCUGGGGGGUGUUGACGAGGGAGCGGAUGAAUGUUACAGAUGCAGGAGAAACUGGAAUGAUCUGGCCAUCCACUGAAACUUGCUGAAGCAAACCGUUAUGACGUCUCUGGACCCUGUACUGUCCCAGGCGGAAAGGCUAGUCUGAGGGUACAGGAUGGCAAAGAGGUCAGCAGCAAAGCCUAGGAGAGGGGGCUGGGGGAUUUAGCUGCUCCGUGCCUCUCCCGGCAGCCUGGGAUCCCCGUGCUGGGCGCCCCGCACCAUGGAUCCCCCGGGCUACAACUGCUUUGUGGACAGAGACAGGAUGGACGCGGCCGUGCAGGACCUGGGCCCCAAGGAGCUGAGCUGCACCGAGCCGCAGGAGCUGAAGCAGCUGGCUCGCCAGGGCUACUGGGCCCGCAGCUACGCCCUGCGGGGGAAGGUGUACCAGCGCCUGAUCCGGGACAUCCCCUGCCGCACGGUCACACCGGACGCCAGCGUAUACAGCGACAUCGUGGGCAAGAUCGUGGGCAAGCACAGCAGCAGCAGCCUGCCCUUGCCCGAGUUUGUGGACAACACGCAGGUGCCCAGCUACUGCCUGAACGCGCGGGGCGAGGAUGCCGUGCGCAAGAUCCUGCUGUGCAUCGCCAACCAGUUCCCCGACGUGUCCUUCUGCCCCGCCCUGCCCGCGGUCGUGGCCCUGCUGCUGCACUACAGCACGGACGAGGCCCAGUGCUUCGAGAAUGCCUGCCGCAUCCUGGCCUGCAACGACCCCAGCCGGAAGCUGGUGGAUCAGAGCUUCCUGGCCUUCGAGUCCUCCUGCAUGACGUUUGGGGACCUGGUGAACAAGUACUGCCAGGCGGCCCACAAGCUGAUGGUGGCCGUGUCAGAGGACGUCCUGCAGGUCUACGCGGACUGGCAGCGCUGGCUGUUCGGGGAGCUGCCCCUCGGCCACUUCGCCCGCGUCUUCGACGUGUUCCUGGUGGAAGGCUACAAGGUGCUGUACCGCGUGGCGCUGGCGAUCCUCAAGUUCUUCCACAAGGUGAGGGCUGGGCAGCCGCUCGAGUCAGACAGCGUGAAGCAGGACAUUCGCACCUUCGUCAGGGAUAUCGCCAAGACCGUGUCUCCUGAGAAGCUGCUGGAGAAAGCGUUCGCCAUCCGCCUCUUCUCCCGGAAGGAGAUUCAGCUCCUGCAGAUGGCCAACGAGAAAGCUCUGAAGCAGAAAGGCAUCACCGUCAAGCAGAAGAGGCAGUUUGUGCACUUGGCGGUGCACGCGGAGAACUUCCACUCAGAGAUCGUCAGUGUGAAGGAGAUGAGAGACAUCUGGUCAUGGGUCCCUGAGCGCUUUGCCCUCUGCCAGCCCCUCCUGCUCUUCUCCUCGCUGCAGCACGGGUACAGCCUGACCAGGUUUUAUUUCCAGUGUGAAGGACAUGAGCCCACCCUCCUGCUCAUCAAGACCACGCAAAAGGAGGUGUGUGGGGCUUACCUGUCAACAGACUGGAGUGAGAGGAACAAGUUUGGAGGCAAAGUGGGCUUCUUUGGGACGGGAGAGUGCUUCGUGUUCAGGCUGCAGCCUGAGGUCCAGCGCUACGAGUGGGUGGUCAUCAAACACCCGGAGCUGACCAAGCCAGUGUCCUUGGACGCCGCUGCCGCUCCAUCCCCUCUCGGCCGCCCCACAUCCUCGGACCCUGCCGACCGCCUCUCGCCCUUCCUGUCCGCGCGGCACUUCAACCUGCCCUCCAAGACCGAGUCCAUGUUCAUGGCUGGGGGCAACGACUGCCUCAUCGUAGGUGGAGGGGGCGGCCAAGCGCUCUACAUCGAUGGGGACCUGAACCGGGGCCGCACUGGCUACUGCGAUACUUUCAACAACCAGCCCCUCUGCUCUGAGAACUUCCUCAUCGCUGCCGUGGAGGCCUGGGGCUUCCAAGACCCCGACACCCAGUGACAGGCCCGCGCACGUGGGGACGGAGCUGUCACCGUGGGGUGGGGGUGGGGCAGUGGCCCCCUCUUCAUGGGGCAGGCAGUAAAGGAAGAACCCCCCUCCGUGUGGUGGGCAGCAUGUGAGUGCAGCUGGGGCUCUGGUGCUGGGCCGGGAAGGGGUGCCCGGGCCUCAGCUGGCUGAGCCUUGCCCUACUCAGACCUACGCAGACUUGCUUGGACUCAGGCCCUGCUUCUCUGUGGAGCAUCCUGUGCCCAACGCCUGGAGGGGGCUACAUCUUGCAGCCCCUGAGUCUUAGUCCCUCGGUGCGGAGGUGGGGACUCCGAAAGGCCGAAGGAACCUUCCGGCAAGUGUGGGUCCAUGGCGCCCCCUGCUGGGGCCUGUUAGCACGGCUCUGAACGGAGCCCUGAGGCUGCCACCUGGUGGGCUGCUGAAGGCCCCCCAGGAGAGACAGACGCCCUGGCGGCUGCCCCCUGUCCAUAUCCCCUCCCACUGUCCAGGGCUUCUCACCCAGUGUCCUCUUCUGGUGCUGGCCUCCUGUGGCCGCCUCUUGGACAGGAGCUGCAAGGUGAAAGAGGGAAGGGCAGGAUCUGGGCCCCUCCUGAGGGAGGGAGAGCCGGAAUGAUGCAGGGCUGGAGAGGACGUUAUGUGUCCUCGUGUUUCAGAGCCUGACGCUCCUGCGGGGCCUCUGUGGGUUCGCAACUGGAGAGGCUGCCCUGGACGGCCCAGGGACGGGCCCUCUGCCACUGACCCCAAACCCACCAGCUGCAUUUCCACAGGCUUGUCCAGAGAAACCCAGACCCCUGGGGGUUUCUUCAGCCUUCCUCCUCUCUGCGGGGGAGGGGGGGCCUCCUCUGCUCCCCUCGGUCCCUGCAGUGGCCCCAGGAUCCUGUCCAGACUCCUCAGCGUGGCAUGCUCGUCUUUGUCCAUCCCCACGGGCCCCAGGUUGCCGGGCCCCCCCUCCCCAGAUCCUUCCCACACAGCGCCUUCACCACAUGCCCCUCUGUGCGCCUCUCACAGCCCUGUGUUUGGGUACACAGUGUGGUGUCCUCGUGCUGCGGCCUGUCCCCCACUUCCCUGCCCCACCUGGCUCUGCACAUGCCCUGCAGACUGUAGGGACCGCGUGCAGACUGGCCAGGGGGUGCUGUGGGGAGUGACUUCCCACCCCAUGCCCUCCCUCAGCUGGUCCUGAGGGCCUGGGCACCCGGGGAGGGGGCGGGAGGGGGGGAGCAGACAGACAGACACCCAAGCAGCCGUGCUGGGGGCUUUGGCAGCCUGGGCCACAGGUGCUGGGGUCCUGGCCCCCACGUGGCUGCAGCCAGCCUCUUGGCAUCCCCACGUGUGAUGCCUCUGCUGUCUCCAUCUUGCUUGGUCCUCCUGUGGGGCACUGGCCCUCCUAGUUCAGUCUCCUCUGAGCCGGGCCGCCGUGGCGCAGGAGGAAGGACCAGGAGCCCUGUGUGGCUUCGGGCAAGCCCGUGGAUCUGCCUGGAACCCAUUUUCCCCAACCGUAAAAAGGGGCCAGUCAUCCUGCACCGCUGUCCCCGUGGGACUGUUCAGAGGUUCUGAGGGGGACCGCGUGAGUCUCCAGUGAGUGGAGAGGUGCCGGGAGGCAGUAUCACAGUUCAUCCCCCCACACACACACACACCGCGGCAGCCCUUGCCCCCCCCCAGCCCCAGCCCUCCUGUGGCGCAACUUUGGUGUUCAUUAAACACGGUCUUGUUACAUGAACUCUGAGGGUCCAAGUCUGGUCUCUUCAACCAGAGGGGCCUCCAGGGGCUCCCCUGGGCGGGCCACCAAAUGGGGCACAGGAGGCUGCACCUUCACGAUGCCUGUCUGCGUCACCAGUGGAGUGUUGAGGGCCUUUGAAUACCGCCUUCUGUAAGCCACUGGAGGUAUAUCCAAGCACUGUUUGCGUGGCUCCCUCUGCAAACUUCUGGAGCCUGGGGAAUUCUUUGCUGGUGAGUGAGCCUGGAGGAGUCCCUGUGGCUGCCCUGAGGCCCCUACCUGGCCCUCGAAGAAAUCCAGCCCAGGAGGGAGAGGAUGGCUUAGUCACGGGGUCUCUGUCUAUAGCGUGCGGUCUCUGUGUGCACGUGCAGCGCCCAGGUUCUUCCACUUUGACGUUGUGUCCCGAGCUGUCCUGCUGAACUAAAAGGUAUGUGACUAUUACCUUCAUUUUUAAUUCUUAUUUAUUCUUGUUGUGCGAUGUCAGGUGUUCCCAAAUAGAGCACGUUUUGUUAAUAUUCUCUGUUGUUUCUUGUUGAUUACCUAGAAUUAGCUUUUGAUGUUAAAAAUAGCCAAAUUUUUAUGGAAUUGCAUGAUGAAUUAUCACCCGUUUUUCUAGAAACGUUUAAAAGUUUAUUCUGAGGGUGCCUGCCUGGCUCAGUUGGAAGAGUGUGCUGUGCGACUCUUGAUCCCGGGGUCGUGAGUUCAAGCCCCACACUGGGUGUAGAGAUUACUUAAAUAAAACUUAAAAAGAAAACAGAACAUAGUUUGAAUCAGUUCAUUAAAUUAAUUUGUUGAAGUGGACUAUAUGCGUUUAGGGCUUCAGAACGUCAGUUUUUUAAAAGUAAUUUAUAAUACAAGAGUAAGGCAUUUGUAUUAUGAAUUUUUCAGAGUUUUAAUUGCUGAAUUGAAAUUAGUAUUUCAACUUUUCCUACUUUUAUAAGCGGGGUGCUUAAUUUUUUGAGUUUCUCCUGGCAACUUGUUGCAGAAAAUUCUGAAGAUCCUAGGCUUUCAAAUUUCUUAUCCAUUUCCUGAAGGCAUAAGGCCUGUAUAGUGUCUUUUAGUAUUUAUUAUUUACCAGAUUUGGGCUUUGUAACUUUUCAUUCUAAAUAAUUUUAGAUUUAUGGAUGAGAUGCAGAGGUGGCCCAGCGGGUUUCCACGGGCCCUACCAAGCUUUCAGAGGCCUCGUACAGCACACGUAUCCAAGCAGAGAUGAAUAUUGGGAUAUAAUGCUCUUAACCACAGAUUUAAUCAGAUUCCUUGAGUUUUCCCACAGCCCUUUCUCUGUACCAGGAAUAGUUUUAAUUCGUAUAGAUACUUACAUUUUUAUUAAAUCCAGAGUGACUUCAGAAUUCAUAGGACUAGGGCUGCCUAGGUGUCCCGGUAGGUUGAGCGUCCAACUUUGGCUCAGGUCAUGAUCUCACAGCCUGUGACUUCGACCCCCACAUCCGGCUCUGCGCUGACAGCACGGAGGCUGCUUUGGGUUCUCUGUCUCCCUCUCUCCCUCUGUCCCUCUCCGCCCCCUCUCAAAAAUAAACAUUAAGAAAAAAUUCACAAGACUAAACACUGGUCAAAAAAAUAAAUUAGCCAGCACACCCCCGGUCUCAAACAUGGAUUCACAUCUUGACUGUUGUCCUCGCCCAGAUGCCCCGUUUGCGUGGGGAAGUUACCCAGUGAAGCCAGGAGCACCAAGGACACCUCACGAGCGCUUGACCCUGCAGCGUCUAAGUUAGGCAGGAAAGCGUGUGGAUCUUCAGAAAUAACCCGGCAUAAAACAGAAUUACGAUCUUCAUCAGGUUAGUGUCAGACUGUGCCCUGAAGUUAGGCGCGGUGUCACGUGAUUCGCUGCUAAAGGUGAAAUGCCUCACACACUUGCCGACGUGCUCACUUGACCCAGCCGCAUGGAAUUUAACACUGUGUUU